GGACGGCAGCGCCCGGCGGCUGCUGAGGGGUGGGAAGCGAGGAGCUGUGUCUCCGCCUUUCAGGCGUCAGCCUCCGAGCCGUGCGAGGCGCUGAUGGCGGCGCGCUGCGGCAGCGGCGGCUCCUCGGCGGGGCGGUGACGUUGCGCGGUCGGUGGAGGGCGGGGAGGAAGAGGAGGAGACCCGGGCGCCUCUAGGGCUGAGGCAGCUCCUUCCCGCUGAGGUGCCGCUCGUGUCCCGUCCUCCUCCCCCGCUGGCUCCGGCUCGGCCAGGCGACCGCGGCUCUCCUGAAGCUGCGAUGCGCUCGGCCUGAGCGCUCCCUCGCUGCCCCGCCCGCGUUGGGCCUUCCCGGGGCAGGGGGCUGCGAUGGCUGCGGAGGGCUGGCAGGAGACGGCGGCCCAGCAGGCCGAGGAGGCUGCGGCCCGGGUGCGGGACGUCCUGUCGGGCGGCCUAGGCCUGCUGCGUGCCGAGCUGGGCCUCGAGCUGGGCCUCGACCCGCAAGGCCUGCCCACCUGGCUCGCCCUGGUGGUCCCGGCCGCGCUGGGGCUCGGGCUGCUGGGGCUGUUGCUGGCCGUGGCCUGCGGAGGUGGCCUCCGUAAGAAGCCAGCGCGGAGCGCGGCGGAAAGGAAGGGUGAGGAGGCGGCCGGCGCGGGCCUGACAGCCGGCGGGAGCCAGGGCAAGGCGGCGGGCUCGGGCCCCGGGCAGCUGCACCUGAAGAGCGACGAGCAGAAGAAACGGAGCAAGAAGAAGCUGCCGGAGAAAGCGGCGCGGCCUAAUGGACGCUCUUUCCUUGAGGUGUCUGAGGAUGAAGUCAUCCAAACCGUUCGGAAGGACACCGCCAAGCAGCCGGUGGAGGCAGAAAAGAAGAAUGAAAAGUCAAAGAAAAAGAAGAAAUCAAAGGGAGAUGCCAAAACGGUUCAAGAUACAUCACGUCUAGAUGGAAAGGAAGUCGAUGAAGGUGCCUGGGAAACAAAAAUCAGCAACAGAGAGAAGCGGCAGCAGCGUAAGCGCGACAAGGUGCUGACCGACGGGGGCUCGGGAGAGCCGAAUCUGCAGGGGGUGGAUAAUGCGGUUACUGUAGCCAUUGAGCAGCUGGCGCCUGCACCAUCGCUUCCAGUGGGACUCAGGAAAAACAAAGGUGAUGCACUUCUGAAUGCACAGGUUAGCAGCUCUAAACCUGCAAAAGGGGAGUCCUCGAUUCCACAAGUUUCUCCAGGACUGAGUGAAAGCCAUACGGUAAACGGAGGAAGCUGGAACGAGAAGUCUGUCAAAAUCCCCUCACAGAUUGGUGUAGGGGAGGAGAAAUGGACAUCUGUUCCUUCAGCUGCAUCUGGGAAGAGGAAGGCUGAGCCAUCAGCUUGGGGCCAGGACGCUGGGGAUGCUAAUGGCAAUGGAAAGGACUGGGGUGUAACCCUGGUGGGCAGGCCCUGGAAAGAGCGUCCCCUCUUCACUCCUAUGGCUGCUUGGAACAUGGAUGCAAGGAUUAAUACCUCUGAACAGAAUUCUACUUCUUUCUCUUCAUUUGGCUUAACUCCUGGGGUUUCUGGAUCCAACAGUGAGCCAGUUUCUCAGGCUGGUACUUCUGACUUUCAGUGGGAUCAUGCUCAACCCCCUGUCGAUGACGAAUGGUCUGGGUUAAAUGGACUUUCUUCAGCUGAUCCCAGCUCUGACUGGAAUGCACCAGCAGAAGAGUGGGGAAACUGGGUAGAUGAAGAAAAAAUGGCUUCUGUUCCUCAAGCUGAAGAGAUCUCUGAUGUUCAGAAGGCUUCAGAUAAUGAAAGAGAAAAAGCAGAGGCAGUUCUUCAGGGUGCUGCAAGUGGCAAAUCCAAGAAAAAGAAGAAGAAAAAGAAGAAGCAAGGUGAAGAAGCUAACUCACCUGCACAGGACACUGAAGAACUGGAUAGAGAAGCUGGAGAGCAGUUUCAGGAGGAUACCUCAAAAGUUCAACCACAGCAGGAAAGAGCUUUUUCUCGGAAGACCCUAAGUACUAGUGAACCAGCCAAGCCUGAGGAGGCUCCUUCACUUGCUGUUUCUACUGAGCCAUCUGUAAUUGUAUCAGAGAGUGAUUCUGACAAGAUCACUUCCCAAGUGCCACAGAUGCUGCAACAGACAGAUAUUUCUAGUCCCAAUAUUAAGCAAAACAGUGUGCCUCCUCCACAGACCAAGUCUGAAGAAAGCUGGGAAUCCCCCAAGCAAGUGAAAAAGAAGAAAAAGGCAAGGAGGGAAACGUGAAGCUGCAGAGAUGGACACACCUGUGGCUGAAUACUGUCAAUGAAGAUCAUGCUGUUUAUGCAAUAAUUUGUGAACAUGUACAGAAUUUUAUAGGAAUUGAAACCAAUUUUUAAAGAAAACCAACCAGAACUGCUGUGAACACAACCAUCCUGAGAGAGGAAAUCCAAGGCAAAGCAAACUGUGCUGGAGCAAAGCAGCAAACCUGCUCCACGGGGAGGGGGGGGAAAGACUUCUCUGAAGAGUCUCAACUUUUGGAGAGAAAGAGAGAGAGAGAGCUCUUAAUUAAAAACAAAAUGUAACAAAAACAAACUGGUUUGACAACAGUGCUCUGUUUACAACAGAUUCAACUCAUCUGCAGCUGUGGAGGAAAGAUGGCUUUCAAGGAAAGGUUUAAAGGAAAAAGGAAAGAAAAACAAAAAAACCAAACCACCAAACCUAAUUGUCUCUCCAAUAGUGUUGGGGUGUUUCCUGCCUCUGCUGAGGGGCUGAGAAGCACAGAAUGUCAAGCAUCUGAUAGCUCUUUCAUGCCUAAAUCCAAGUGCUUUGAUUGAAUUCCAUAAUCUGCCAUAUCUUUCCAGGAAGCUGGUGUAGCAGGGUCUGCUAGCCAGGAGAGGAAUCACAAGUGCAAAAAUCAUUGAGUCAUGUGUACAGUCCAAGACCUUCGUGGUUCAUUCUAUGAAGCUGACAACAAUAAAACCAAGCAAGCAAGCAAACAAAACAGAAUCUGGCUUUGGGUUAAAAGCUUGAGAAUGUGAUUUGAAACUUGAGUUAGUGUGGGCUCGUGGAGUUAAGUUUUGAUAAUGUCUAUUACCUUACUUGAAUUCUUGGGAGAUACAUUUUGAAGGGUGCAGUCCAUGUGCAGAACCUUUUUGGGGUUGGGUUUGUUUCUCCUUCAUUCCAUCCAGCUCUUGGUUGAUCCAGACUCCCAGAUAAAACUGUUCCUUCCAACCUCCACACUCAUGGAAUGAAUCCAAAUCAAAUGUUCCCUUCCCUUUAAUGCUUUUGAACUUGCUAUGCCUGAUUUUUUCG